UUUGAGCAGUGAGCACAAAUGUAGCAAUGUGGUAGUGGGAAUGGGAAGAUGCGUUUCAUUAGUCUUGUCAUGUAAAAAGCGUUUAUUAUCAGAGUAGGCCUUCCCCAUUUUUUUAAUUUUUUUUUUGUAAAGGCACGCGCUAUCGUUCAUUUUAUUAGCUUCGAAGUUUGCGUUUGCACUACUAGUAAUGAUGCUAGUUUAUGUAUUGAUCACUCCAAAUCAACUGGAUCGUUAGCUUCAUAAAUGGCGUUCCAGUAUUCUGUUACUUCGUACUAAUUCUUAUUGGUUACCUUUUUUUUUCGGGACAAAACAAUGUAACCCACUCGCAUGCGCACAAUGGACAGAGACUUGUUGAAGCAGUGCCUGUCGUAUCAUGGAGAGUCAUUGUUGAACAAAUUGAAAUGUGAACAAACUGAAAACCCCGACUUUCAAGCCGUGGUGACUGACCUGUGCAAUGCUUCAUAUGAGGGAAAUGGUGAAGAGCGGAGCAGCCCCCUUGUGGAGCAGUUCAUAGCUAGGAAAGCUGACAUUCUUUUCAGUCCAUCAUGGAAGACUGCAACUCCUAAAGAAGAGGAGCAUGGGGAGGAGGAGGCUGCAGAGGCUUAUGCUGUCAUGCCACCCUUGGAGUUAUUCAUGGAGGUGCCUUUUGAAGAGAGAAGGGCCAUGCUUUAUAGGGAUUUAGAACGAGGAGACAUUGUGGUGGGGAGGAUCAACAAUAUUCGAGAAUAUGGCUUCUUUCUCACGCUGAUUUGCAUGGCAGGAGGGCUAAACAGAGACAUAGAAGACCUGGAGUUAUCAGCUCUUUGUCAUAUUAAAGAAAUUCCUUCAGCUGGCAGCCAUGAUGAUCCUUUGUCUUACUACCAGAUUGGGGACUUAAUCAGAGCUGGUGUGAAAGACAUUGACCGCUACCAGGAAAAAAUAACGGUGUCCCUUCUCCAAGCAUCCAUUUCUGCCAGAUCAGUUUGCAUCCAACUCGGAGUCAUGACCAGGGAGGAGUUACCUAUACACUACGAUCGUAGUGUUUGUGCAGCCAGUGACUCCACCAAGACAUAUGAGUGUAUACUGAGGGGUUGCCAUGGCUACCACAACCCCUCUGUGGUGGACUACCUGCUGGAGAACAUUGGCGUUAGCGACAUCCAUCCUCCGUCAAUGAUGAGAGGACUACAGAGUAAACUGUUUGAAAAAGAAGAUUUUGCGUCUGUCAUCCGCAAGCAGCAGUCUGCAUCCUGGGCCUUGACGUGUGUUAAGGCAGGUGUUGGCCACUUUAAACAGGGUCGCCAUGUGGAAGCCAUGAAUGAGUACAACAAAGCUUUGGACAUUGACACAAAUAAUGUGGAAGCCCUGGUAGCACGGGGAGCACUGUAUGCUAAUAAAGGCGUCAUGGUGAAGGCUAUAUCAGACUUUGAGUUGGCCCUGGCGACCUGUCCAGAUCACCGCAAUGCCAAGAAGUACCUCUGCCAAACACUGGUUGAGAGAGGAAAACAACUUGAGGAACAAGAGAAACUAGUAACAGCAGAAGGAGUGUACAGAAGAGCGCUUUCUCUGGAUGACGCAAACCCUGAGGCCCAGGAGGCCUUGAAGAAAAUCACAGAGACCAUACAGAAUUCGAUACGCCUGCGGGAAGAAGCACUGGCUAAGGAAGGGGAAGAGAAAGCUAAGAGCAGUCAAAGCAGUGCUGAGAAAUUGCGUAAGAUCUUAAAAGAGGAGAAGAGGAUGAAACGGAAACGAAAGAGACGAGCCUCUUCCUCGUCAUCCUCUUCCUCCAGGAAAUCUUCCACUUCAUCGUCCUCAUCCUCUCGAAGGAGAUCCAAAAAAAAGAAAAAGAAGAAGAGGAAGGGAGUGCGAGAAAGCAAGCGCCAUCACAGGCUCUCGAGAGAGAGCAGCAGGCGGAGUGAUGAGGGUAAGCAUGUGAAAAAGAGGCAGGAGAGAGAGGAUGAGGAGUUGGAGUGGUAUCCGGCACCUCCCAAUACCUCUGCCACCUUUCUUAACCAAAAGGCAUGGGAGGGGUUCGGACUGGUAGAUGAGGAGGAGGGAGAGACGAGCAGAAAGGGUAAAGAUGGUAAUGGUCCAAGGAUCUGUCUGUACUCUUUGUCAGCAACCUCAGAAGAUGAAGAGUGUGAGUCGCCGUCUCACAGAGGAUGGCAAACAAAGGAUAGAGAAGAGCGGAGAAGGAAAAGUAGUAGCAUAAGUUCAGACAGAGAAGAUGGGAGAACUAAGAGCUGGGAAAAUAGUCAAAGGAGCAACAAAAGAGGGAAUGAGGAUACAAGAAAGACCAGUGGACCCGAUAGAAGUAGCUUAGAUGAGAGGAAGCGCAAAGCAUCCUGCUCGUCAUCCGAGUCAGUGUAUUCCAGAAAAUCGUUUCAAAGUAAAGAUUUUUCCAGACGGAAUUCCUUUAGAGGUGAUGAAGAUGAAACACAGAAGGAGAAGGACAUAAGUAAGGGAAAAGCUGAAGAAGAGAGACCAGGUUGGAGUAAGUCAGAUGCAGCUGAAAUCCAAGAUGAGCUGGAUGGGGAGAUCUCGGUACCAGAAGGAAAGGCUAAAAAAGACCUUCCUGCAAACCUUUUAGAUAUCUUUAACCAAAUUGCCAGGUUUCAGAAAGAGAAAGGCAUUGGACCAAAAAAGUAAUCAGUUUCCAUUUGAAAAUGGAAUAUCAAUUAGGAAGGUGUAGGAAUGUAAUGUUCAACUGUAAUGGAAAGAACAUAUUGCACGUUUUUUUUUUCUUUUUUUUUUUUCCCCCCCAUCUCGUGUUCAAUUAAUAAAGCACAGACGUUAAUAAAUAAGGUUUUUUUUUUUU